CCGGGUAUUUCAUCCCCGCAACUCGCAUUCUCCCACCAACCUUUUUUACAACACCCAGCAUCUAUGCCCAAAAAACGACAUGAUUUUCUCUUCACAAAGCCUGUCGGCACUCCGCACCACACGCUCCUCAGUUCCAGUUCUCGAAGUGACAGGUUCCAAUCAUCCUCAAGCGCCCAGCCAUCCGUUAACGACCUGAUCGACCAUCUCCGCCGCACGCAAGUAUCCAGCUCUGAUGAUCGCACCAGUCCCUCCAGCUUCGUCGCUCCUCGAUCCGUUCAUCCCUCCUUACGAAACCUCCUCGAACUCCCUGUAACUCCGCCUCCGCGCCCCCGCCCCAAUGCGCGCCGCGUCGGCGUUGGACGACUGAGAAGAACCCCGGGACCUCCGCCACCGGAGAGCUGGUUAUUAGGAAAUAAUCAAAUUACCAACGAAAAUUCCGAGCAAGAGGAUAUUGAUACCACCGCACAAACCGAGCGAGUCAUCUAUCGACUAGAGCGCCUCCCGGGGGCAACGUUCCCCCCGAAAAAUGGCCUAUUGCAUAUGACUCUCAAGGCCAUGGCCCAGCACUGGGCAUGGCAUGUGGCGUACGACGGACAGUUUCUGGCUAUGCUGCCUACUCACGUUAAAGUGUUGCUGUUGAGUUAUAUUUCGGUGUACGGGAAGGAUCAGCCGCUGGGGGGCUUGGUUCGUGGGUUGAAGCCGUUGAUUUCUGUCGAUAAGAAUGAUGAGGAUUACCAAGGUUCUGAGUUGGAUGGUAUAUCGCGACUGGAUUUUGGUGGUGCACUGGGACGGUGGAUGGGAUUUAAGGAGUUGAAUAAUGAGCUAUUCCUGUCGCCUAGCGCUGUGGACUUACCGCGCAAAUCAAAAGAAGUUGUCCCAGCAUCGUGGGAAGAGGAGUACGAGGAAGAAGCAUCAGCCAUACCCAAGUCCUUUGAACAUGGCUGCCGAUUUGAGAACCUCCGAUUUCUCUCUCUAGCGCAUCCGCAUCCAUCCGCUGCGAACUGGAAAUCCCUACUCAAGCUUCUUUCCCGUCUAUCGAUUCUCACUCAUCUGUCACUAGGCCACUGGCCCGUUCCAACUCUUACGCCCAAUGCGAUCAAUGCUCGCAUCCGCCACCCCACACACCGAUCGCUCACCUUUUCCUACAGCGGCACAGACACAUACUCCACCAUGGAGAACAAUUGGGCCGAAGCGUCGGGUAUCCUGCGCAAACUAUCGCAUGCUACUUAUUGCCUAAAAUGGCUUGAUCUCGAAGGUUGUGGUGACUGGAUUCCAGCGCUGAGUUGGACCGGCCACGGUCCCGAUGGCGAGGUAUAUCACACGGGGCCCGAGUGGAAUGGAGCAUGGAGAGAUAUUGAAUGGAUUCGGUUGGGACCUGGUUGGUUGCCGCAUAUUGAUGAUGCUGAGAUUCUUGGACUUCAUACUCGUGAUGCCGAUAACCCACCGACAGCGACGGCGAUUCGGCCGCAACAGCAGCAACAACAACAACAGCCGUAUCAACCACCUGCCUUCCGGUCACUAGCAUCCUCCAUUCACGCACCGCCAACCCCAUCAUCAUCGCUGUCCCGUAUAAGGGGAAUUGAGACCGAUGACGAUGACAGUGGUAGUGACACCUCAUGGGACGUGGAAGUAGAACGCGUUAAGUAUCGCCGCGCAAAGGAGCUAGAGCGGUACCAGGAGGCGAUGCGUACCGCGAGGACGGUGCAGCAACGGGUGCAGCAGCUUAGAAGGGAAGGAAAGAGGAAGUGGGUGCAUUUCUCGUUUGGGAUUGAGGAGCUGAAGGAGGAUGUGGUUAGGGAGUUGUUAGGGAAGGAGUAUACAGACUUCCUUCCGUAGAUAUGCAUAGAGUGAUUUGUACAUGAAAUAGAAAUGCAUUUAAAAUCAUUACAGAUACUAAACCCAACCAAGGGCAAGUCGAUAUACAACCAACACAACCCAC